AUGGUCGUGAAGAAUAUAAUUAAAAGAGUGCCGGUAAAGUCUAAUGCUGCCAUUAAAUCCAGAACUGUAAGGUGCAUUAGUUCAGAUGCAAAGACUUUGACACAUCCAAUUGAUAAUUCUUCUAAAGUAUUGAGGCAUUUGCAAUUUACAAAACGUAUUGAUUAUGAGAAGGGUCUUGCUUUCCAAGAACAAUUUGUUAGGGCUCAGUUGGAUAUGAAAUCGCUACAAUCUACAAUUAAACAGAAAUUGAUUCAAUUGGAGGUUGAUCACCCUGGUUCUUCUAUAAACGCAUAUGAGAAGAAGAUACUGGAUAAUAUUCUAGAGAUGAAGCCUAACCCUGUCAUUUUGACUUUCGAAUUUGAUCCAGUCUACACUGGUGGUAAACGUACUAAGAAGAAGAUAACUCAGGCAGAAAUAGAAGGAUACAGUAAUUUUGUUCCAGAGGUUCAAAAGAGCAAUCCUAAACCAAAAUUUGUUCAAGCUGAGAGGGGUGGACAAGUUACAUUCCAUGGCCCUGGUCAAAUGGUUGCUUAUAUUAUUUUAGAUUUAAAGUCAUUUGAUAGAUUUGUAGCAAGAAAUCAUGUAGCUGCAAUUGAAAAGGCAACUGUUAAUACGUUAUUAAAUACUAAAUUGAAAGAUGGGAAGGAAACUAAGUUGGACUUGACCUCUAAAAUCAAUUGUAACACAGGUGUUUGGUCUUCCGACGACAAGAAACUUGCAAGUAUCGGUGUCCAUGUCAGAAGGUCUAUCACUUCUCAUGGUGUAUGCAUAAACGUUUCACCAGACUUAUCAUACUUGAAUACAUUUGAAAUGUGUGGAUUACCUACGUCAAAGGCAAGUUCAAUUGCUAGUGAGAAACCAGAUGCCGACGUGAAUGUUCAAGAUGUUGCUGUUAGCUAUGUCAAUGAAUUUGCAAAAUUGCUUGGAAUAGACACAGUUGAAAGAAUUGAACUUGAAAACUUAGAGAUUGAUUGA